AAGCUCCAGUGGUUCGUGAAUAAUGUCUGUAUGUGCAACAUGCGGUCUCUACUUUAUGGACAUUUUGUAUGAAGGAGUUGAAGUACAUGAACCAGGAACAGGGAUACUGUUUCACUGCAACAACUGCUAUUAUUCCUGGCAAGAGUCUGAGCAGCGACGCCUAUCUGCUAAGAGUGAAGUUGACCCUAAUAAACGGUCGGUGUGGUAUUACGAGCCGUUGAUACGCGAUGUUCCUAUAAGGAAUAUGGAUAGGAAGGGUCACUACGAUGAAGUGAAGAACUUUAAUUCGCUGUGUUUUAGAACUAUUUUACCAUGUACUGACCUACAACUCUAUCGUUGUUCAAAGAGUGAGGGUUUGGAAGAUUCCGCAUCACCGGAGUCUACUAGUCUGCUGAGGGAGUUCGUUACUGCUGGUGGACUCUACUCGGGUGACAAGGCGCCCGUGGUCGAUCUGAAACCUCGCUUCGAUGUGGAUGCUGUUAAAGCAAGACCAUGGGGAGAUGGUUACGAUCCGGAAACUGGGGAUGACAUACUGAGUUUCGAGUUCCUGGGCUCAGUAGAGAUGCUCACCCGAGGGAAGAGGAAGGAAGACUGGUCGUUCCGGUUUGGAUAUUCUGAUGGAGUGUGUAUAGAUUGGAAUUCCUUGGAGUUUGAAGUACCCGAAGAUGUACUCAUCACAGAUGACGGAGAUGAGGAGCUGGGGCUGUGGGCACCACCGGAGGUUCUCUGUCCGCCCUGGAUGAAGAACAGAUUUACUUACUACACCUCAGAGCUGUUGUCCUACGAUAUUGGACGGCCUAGUAUUAAUGGUCAACCUGAUGCUAGCGGUCAGGGUACCCCUCCAGAGGGUAAGAUAGGCCCUUUUACGAGAAGGAAGAGAUUACCGUCUUCGUAUCGCCCAACAUCUGGGUCGAUGUUGCUACCUAAGGGGAUGGUGACACCGAACAGGAAGGGUAGUAUUUCUACGCUUGCGGCGAGCCCUGUGACACCAGGGAGUGUCACCCCUGCUACGAGUAAAGCAACCCCGAAGGCAGUGACGGCAUCUGGUGGGGGCAAGUCUCCGUCUGGCACCCCGAGCCGAACAGAGGCUAGUAUGGCCGCUCUGAAGGAGAAGUUAGCAGGAUUUCAAUUUAAUAUCGGAGGUUUCAUAACCCGUUUCACGUGA